AUGAAGUUAUGUAGUCCGACUAAGUACUCUAUUUAUUAUUCCUGUGUCUUAUUGGCCUACAUUGUGAAAUUUUCUAUAGCCCAAGAAGUGGACAUUUUUUCCUUAGGUGAGCAUUUUGAUUUAAUUUAUUAUCUUUUGUCAAUAAUUGAGAAGUUUAUUCAUUUAUUUAUUAUUUUUGGCUUGCAAAAAUUUCAUGUUUUUUAUCGGAUGUCGAAUUUCUGUCUGGACAUAACUAUGUUAGUUCUGCCUGUUUUCGAUAACCCUUUUCUUUAAAUUUAUCUUCAGAGCCGACCAUCCCUCUCAGGUCUCCAGAAGAAAUCGACAGAAAUGAGACGUUUCUCAGCGACGACGAUUUUGUACGACCUCUCAAUGGUAUCCUCUUAAUCUUCAUUUUUUUGUUUUUUUUUUCCUUGGCUCACAGUUUUCCGCUCCAUUCUCAGCUGGUGUCGUAUUGCUUUGGCGCACGAUUAGUCUGAAAUUUGGGCUGAUCUUUCGAAAAAAAUUUUUUCUCAGAUCCGAACCAUCCAAUAAAAAGAAUUUCUGCUUAUCAUCUUGUGAAAUUAAAAAAGGUUAAUUUUUUUAUUGAUUUUUGUGAAAAAGUCUAAAGUUUUUAUAUAUUUCGUUUCUCAAUAUUAUUGAAAUUCUCAUUUUCAAUUAUUUUCGCAGCAGAAGAAACAUUUCUGACGGAGGAAGACUUCAAGAACGCAGAGGCUCUUAGUGACGGACACAUUGGUGCCGGAAAAAUCCUCUGGCGUCAAUUUUUUCGAAAGGGCGACAUCCGUGGCAAGGCUGCCUGGAAGUUGGUGUGUUUUUCAAACGAUCGCUAUGAAAUAUUCUUUUUUUUCACUGAUUGUGGAUUUGUUUAUUUGGUGGAUAAUUCUUCCCUCAACGAGCAUAGUAGCAUAUUUUACUAUUACGAGCUGCGGCACUUAAAGAAGAAAAAAAGAGGGAUGAAGCCUUUUAGGCUCCAAAAAAAGGGUGGUUUAAAAUUGGUUCAAAACAAAGUUCACAUCGAGUGACGCAAUGUUUUGUUUCACUUUCGAUGAAAGUUUGAAUGAUUGAGUAAUUCGCGGCACGAUUCAAACGUCAGAACCAGUGGCGGACUACUGCGUAAUCGAAACCGUUAAGCCGACCGGUCUCUUUUUGCCGUUUCGCGCCCAAGCCGCGUUUUUUUCACAAGAGCCUCAGAAAAAAACUUGGCUUCAGAGGCUCGCUCCAGGGACAAGCCUUUGCCGUCCAUUUUUUUUUUUUUUGAUGUUUGGGAGAAAACGAAAAACAGAGCCCAAAAAAUCGUUUAAAGGGGGCUUUUUUCGGGACGUCCUCAUUAUCUGCAAUUUCUUUGAUCAAUUAAUUUAGCUUUGCAGGAGCAACGCGAGGGAUGGCGUCGGAAUGGAGUUAUUAACGGUGUCCGCAAAUGGCCGAACGGCAGGAUCCCCUAUGUUCUAUCCAAUCAGUACAACGAGCGCGAACGCGCAGUUCUUGCCCGGAGUUUCCAGGUAAAGAUCUUAUAAUAUCUCAGCUAUUUUUUUUUUGCAAAAUAAAUGUUUAAAGCACAGUUCCUAUUACAACGGAAACUCAAAAAAGUUUGAAAAACAGUAGCGUCGUGCUUUCUUGAUCAAGAGCUCUGGCCAUUUAAGAAAUUUUGGAAUUUCAGGCUUACCACUCAAAAACUUGUAUCAAAUUUGUGCCGAGGACCGCUCUAGAUAACGAUUAUUUGUAUAUAGGGAAAAUUGAUGGGUGAGUGUUAUUUGAAGUUUAAAUAUGUCUCUUUUCUAUACGAUUGGUGUAGGUGCUUUUCCGAUGUCGGACGUGCGGGUGGCCGUCAAGAACUGUCUCUCGACGACGGCUGUAUGCAGGUAUUCACUUUUAUUUUCAUUCUUUCCCAUUUUUACUUUGUUCAAAUUUCUGGAAAACAGUUUAAUUAUGUUAGAACGUUGUGGUACCUAGCAAAAUUUCCUACAGUUCCAUUCUAUGAUUUUCAUAGAAAAUUGUAGAAAGAACUUUGCACAAAACGGAAACUUUUUAACAUUUCACCCAAAAUGAAGAGUUCAAACCUUCCUUGAUAUUUUCUACAGUUUUCAAUGGAAAUUUUAGAUUAUGAACUAGAACUUUUCAAUCUUCAGCUUUGUUCUGAAUUUUCAUAUUUUUUUGUACUGUUUUUCAACACCGUAAUAAAAAUUUUAAUCGAUAGAAUUUGAAGGAGAACAGUAUUUUCGGUAGAUUGUCAAAAAAAUAGCGUUCAAACAGAUAUUGAUUCAAUUUUUCGAAAGUGAAAAGUGCUAAUAAAAUAAUUAGUAAGAAAAUUAUGACUUCGAUUGGUUUCAAAAAAGAAAAAAUUGAAGAGGAAAUUUAAUUUUGACAGUAUGACACGGCGAUCCACGAACUCAUGCAUUCUGUUGGCUUCUACCAUGAGCACGAGCGAUGGGAUAGAGACCAACAUAUCAACAUUCUCUGGCACAACAUCGACAAAGGUUCCAGAUGAUCCCAACAACCGAACUCAUCCGAAAAUCUUCAGAUGCCUAUGAUCAGUUUGGAAAAGUUGAUCUCGCUGAAAGCUCUUACUACGGUCAAGUCUACGAUUAUUAUUCCAUUAGUGAGUUUUUUCCCUCUCAAAAAUGUAGGGGUUGUUAUUUUCUGUUGGUAUUUUCUGAAUUACGCCUAUACUUUAUCACUAACUUCUUUCUUUGGAUAUUAUCACCCUAUUAAUUUACUGUUGUGAUUUUUUUUUUUCUCGAAUGUAUGUUUAAGAGGAGUAAUAGAUUAAAAUAGACUUCAAGAAAAAAGAAGCCCUCGAAGUUAUGGAAAAAAGGAAUUAGUAUUGUAGGCUCAAGAUCAGCCAAAACAAGAUAUUAGAAACUUCAUAAUAUUGAUAAAUGGCUCGAGUUCACUUUCACCGUAAAAGGAAUGUAAAAACAAAACUUUUCAGUGCACUACGACUCUUUGGCGUUUUCUAAAAACGGUUUCGAGACUAUGGUCGCCAAAAGGCCGGAAAUGACCGCUGUGAUUGGAGCUGCAAUAGAUUUCAGUCCGGUAAGUUUGCAAGCAGUUUCUCGGAAACAAAAAAAAAUCCAGGUUGAUGUUCUGAAGAUGAAUUUGAUGUACCAAUGCACAGAAGCCGGCGAGGCAACGCCUAUCGUCACUGAAAUCCCCAAGCCCGUCGCCGUGCAGAUCGUCGCACCAGAACCUGACGACGGUACUAAAAUUAAGGAAAAAGGAUCCUUUUUUGUUUUCAGAGUGCCGCGACAGGACGAAUCUCUGCUGGAGAUGGCUGGAUCGCUGCCGUUCCUUCUUUUUCGAAAAAAUCAUGCAGGUUCAUUCAGUUUCAGAUUUUAGAAUUCAAAAAAAAAAAUAAAUAAAAAGGUUUUUAUCAUCUUUUACAGGAAUUCUGUCCUCUCUCAUGUGGCUUCUGCACUCCGAAACCAAAGUCAGCUGCGCCAUCUUCUCAAACAAUGUUAGAAACAAAAGUUACAUCUACAGGCGGGGCUAACUAUUUGCAAUUCGGACGAUAA